UCUUUCGGUGAUGUUUUGAAUUUGCAGUCCCAUCUCUGUUAUAUUACUCAAAAACGUUUAAAAACUCGUUAUUUUUUGAAAAAUGCUGUAAUAUAUUUUACUAAAAAUUUAUGGUCACUGUUCACCACGUAGUUCUAAAUAAUUGAAGUUUUCUUUUGUAAACAAUGCUUUCUUACUUCAUAACCUAUAACCACAUGCAUAACCUUACUUAGCUUUAUUUUUGUUUAGGUACUAAAUUUUAUAUUUAAAUAUAAUUCCUAUCAAAGAUAUACCAUGGAUCAAGAACCAGGACCAAACCAUUUAGCUUUUUUGAAAAAGCAUUUUGGCCAUUCGCAAUUUAGACCAAUGCAAUGGAAGAUCAUCAAUGCCAUUCUCAAGGGAGAUCAUGAUCAAUGCGUUGUGAUGGCUACUGGACACGGAAAGAGUUUAUGUUAUCAAUAUCCUGCCGUCUAUUUAAAUGCUAUAACACUUGUUAUCUCACCAUUGAUAUCAUUGAUGCAGGACCAAGUGCUAUCGCUCACGAUGAUGAAUAUUCCAGCUUGUUUUCUGGGUUCAGCGCAGUCAGAUAAAAGGAAUGUUGUUGAUGGCUUACUGACUAACAAGUACAGAGUCGUCUACCUGACACCCGAGUUCUGUCUGGGUGACUACUGUCAAGAAAUUCUGGAAAAGGUCAGAUCGAAGCACAAAAUUUGUCUGGUAGCCAUUGAUGAAGCUCACUGCGUCAGUCAGUGGGGAUUUGACUUUCGGCCUUCUUACAGGUAUCAGUUACAACAGGAUAAUGACAAAUUAAGAGCCAGAAUAAAAGUACUAGAGGAACAAUGGAAUGCGGCCAUCAAUCGUUCGAUGGAGCUGGACAUUCGUUUGAUGGAGAUGACGACUUGUGAGCAGCCAGGGAGGCCGGAGCAGGAGGUGUCACAGGAAAGCACCCUAGUCGAUCGUCUUAGCCGAUUUCUCAGGACUGAACUUAUUGCUGACGCCGAUAUGGACUGUUUUUUAUCACCUGAUGAAUUUAAUGACUUCUGUGGGAUUGCGGUUGAUGAUAUAAAUAGUAGGAUAAUGAAACCUACCGAGACUGCAAUGGAUAUGAUGCAGAAUUUCAUCACUGGAGAAGAGAGGCCUACUUUUCAGUUUGCUGAAGUGACCAUGGAUGAUGUCCUCGAUGCUCUGAAUAGAUUAAAAUCAUCUGGCAGUGUUGAUAUAUAUGGCCUCACAAAUAAUCUACUUCGGAAAUUAGGGUCUCAAGGUCUGUAUUAUAUUAGGACACCAGGCUGGGUCGCCAGCGGGACACCAAACGUCUGGGCGAGUCGUGGGACAUUAGUUGUUCUUAUUGCGUUCAUCACACCAGGUUAUGGCGGCCAGCUGGUGGCUCACUCGGGUCGCCAGCCCGGCCACCUUCCCUGUUACUCGAAAUUCUUCUUCAACAGCAAUGCAGAAAUAAUUUUCACGGAUUUCGAUCGUCCGAAUCUGUUUCUGGGCGUUUGGUUGAAAGGCAAAGACGCGUUCAGUGACCUGCGACGGUUCAUGGUACGCGAUGGUCUCCAAUUGAAAUUUCCCGGACCGACCAUCAUCUAUUGUCCUACCGUCAAAGCGACAGAAGUUGUCGCUUCGUCUCUAACAGAUAAUGGUGUGAAAUGUCAUCACUAUCACGCUCAGUUGAAAAUGUCUUUACGAACGGAAACCCACGAAAAUUUCACCAAGGAUAUCAUCAAUGUGAUUUCUGCCACCUCAGCUUUUGGCAUGGGUAUCGACAAGCCAGAUGUUCGUUUGAUUAUCCAUUACGGAGCUCCAAGAGAAAUCGAAUCGUAUUAUCAAGAAAUUGGUAGAGCGGGGAGAGAUGGUCUUCCUGCUGCCUGCCAUGUAUUCUACUCAAAUGCCGACUUCGGUGUUAAUGCGUUCUUCAAUAUGCACCUCCAAGGAAAGUUCAAAGAACACCGUGAUGCAAUGGCUCGGUUGAUGGAAAGGUAUCUGGAAAGUCACAACUGUAGAAGAUAUAUUCUCAUAUCAUACUUUGAUGACAAAUACAAAGGAAAGGGCACUCAACCGAAUUGCUGCGACAAUUGCAAUAAAAGUCUCAACAACAAAGAGAUUAAGAGCGAUAAACAAGAGAUAGACAUCAGUGGAGACGCGGUAAUGAUGUUGAAAGCAGUCAGGGUGUUCAACGGCUUUUGCGGUCUCAAGUUGGUUGUGCAGUUUCUAAAGGGCUCUCGGGCCAAAACUUCCAAGGCGAUGAAAGAAAACCAUGAACUUUUCGGCGCGGGUAAAAGUAAAAGCGAAGCAUGGUGGAAAGCUAUCGGUCGUCUAUUAAUCAGAGAAGAAUUGCUGACUCAACAAAGCUUGAAUACCUUUGGUGGAAAAAAUCAAUUUCACAGAUUCGCGACUUCUCUAAGAAUCACACAGAGUGGAGAAUCGUAUAUAAGAAACCCAGAGACAAGGAAUAGAGUGAGGCUGACGCCAUCAAAUGAUAUGCUGAAGAUGCUAAAAUCCACCACAGAAGAGCAGCGGAAACCAAUUCCAGCCAAAGAGAUUCCGGCGAAAUUGAUUGAAUUCACUUUCUCACAACGAAAUAUGCCUAAGUUAAUAACGGGAGCCAUUAAUCCACCUGAAGAUGUGAAAGGAGAUCAGAGGGGCGCAUCAAGCAGCAGUACUUCAGUCUCUAAUCAAGUUGGCAGUGUAGAUCAGGAUGAUGGCUUAGCUGAUGAAGAAACUGCUCUUCAAUAUGAUGUGUACUAUGGUCUGAUAAAACAAAGAACUGAGCUAGCACGCCAACACGAAUGCAUGCCUUAUAUGAUAGCAAACAAUCAAUUACUGCUCGCUUUGUCAAAGGAUAGGCCUCACACUAUGGACGAACUGAAAAAAGUGGAAGGUCUUGGAGAGGUGAAAGCUGAGAAAUUCGGAAGACACAUUCUACAAACUAUAAAACAAGCUGAAGAAGAUUUCAAAAAUAAGCCGAAGAAAAAAUUGAUAGAAGAAGAUGAAGAGGAUACAGAAGCUGAAGAUGAUUCACUAAUGUUGAAUGACAUAGUUGAGGAGAUUUCUCGAGAAAGUGUCAGUAAAGAGAAUACGUGUAAGACUGCAGGUGAAAGUGAUGUAUGGGGUGAUGAAGAUGACAGUUUUCUAGUCGACGUGACAAUUGAGGAAGACAUUUCUAAAAACAUCGAACCAAUAAGUGAAUGUUCUGCAAGUUUUUCGAGUGAUAACAAUAGUUCAAAAACGAUGUCCUCUAAAAUAGAUCCUAGUAUCUCCUGUAGAACAGAUGCUAAUAAUGAUGUAAAACACAACUUGAAUAAGUUAUCCGGAAAUAAUAAUUCUCCUAAUGACAAAGUUCCUCCAUUGUCUCCUAUAUUGGUGGAUUUUCCUGAUAGAAAGUCAAAAAACCUUUCAGUUGUCAAAAAGCGUACCAUCAAAUUCAUUGACAGUGAUGACGAUGAUAAUGAUGAAACCAGUAACUCCCAGUCGCUAACUCAGAAAAAAUUGCCUGCUUGGAUGUUGUCACAAAAUUCCACAUCGACUACCAGUAAGAAGUCGAAAAAAUGUUCUUUGUUCAAGUGAAGUAUUCGUAAAAAAUGAAAUUAUAGCAUCUAAAUGUUAUUGUUUUUAUAUGUCAUGAAAUAAUCUUGUUGAUGAAAUGGAGGGGUGACUGCUCCGUUGUACAUUUUUCUUGUAACAAGAAGUGUGAAAUAAUAUUGUUUUACUUUAUUGAAAAGUGUUUUUUGUAUUCUCUAUAUUUGCUAAUAAAAAAGAUUCUUUGCUAAAUCAAUGAUAAUCCUUCCUGUGUGAUUUUUGAGGUCGAACAUAGUUUUUCUCAACUUUGGGUAUACCAG